CCCCCUCAUCAUCCACAGCGGGACCCACAUCUACACUGGGCAUUUCUCCAGGGACAAACCCCGCAGGCGAGACAACCACGUCAUCCCCAUCCAGUGUGAGCCACACACCCGGGACAACAUCACAGAUGCUCACAGCACCAACCUCAACAGGCAGAACUCCAUCCCCAUCUAGCGUAAGCAACACAUCUCCAAUGACCUCAAAGACGGUCACGUCACAAAGUUCACUGGACACCCCCACAGGAAGAACAGGGGACACAUCAACGCCGGUAGCGGGCAGUAACCCUCCAGUCACUUCUGCAGUCUCCACGACAAGGGGACCGGUGGAACAAUCAACCUCUCCCCCUUCCACCUCUUCCCGUGAGACAACAUCAACGUCUCCUCAGGCCUCCCAGACUCAGAGUCUGGAAACCACUGCAGACACUCAAGCCAGCACCAUCACAGCAGUGAGCACAUCAACCCCCUCAUCAUCUACAGCAGGACCCACAUCUACACUGGGCUUGUCUCCAGGGACAAACCCCGCAGGCGAGACAACCACGUCAUCCCCAUCCAGUGUGAGCCACACACCCGGGACAACAUCACAGAUGCUCACAGCACCAACCUCAACAGGCAGAACUCCAUCCCCAUCUAGCGUAAGCAACACAUCUCCAAUGACCUCAAAGACGGUCACGUCACAAAGUUCACUGGACACCCCCACAGGAAGAACAGGGGACACAUCAACGCCGACAACAUCAACGUCUCCUCAGGCCUCCCAGACUCAGAGUCUGGAAACCACUGCAGACACUCAAGCCAGCACCAUCACAGCAGUGAGCACAUCAACCCCCUCAUCAUCUACAGCAGGACCCACAUCUACACUGGGCUUGUCUCCAGGGACAAACCCCGCAGGCGAGACAACCACGUCAUCCCCAUCCAGUGUGAGCCACACACCCGGGACAACAUCACAGAUGCUCACAGCACCAACCUCAACAGGCAGAACUCCAUCCCCAUCUAGCGUAAGCAACACAUCUCCAAUGACCUCAAAGACGGUCACGUCACAAAGUUCACUGGACACCCCCACAGGAAGAACAGGGGACACUUCAAUGCCGGUAGCGGGCAGUAACCCUCCAGUCACUUCUGCAGUCUCCACGACAAGGGGACUGGUGGAACAAUCAACCUCACCCACUUCCACCACUUCUCGUGAGACAACAUCAACGUCUCCUCAGGCCUCUCAGACUCAGAGUCUGGAAACCACCGCAGAGACUGAAGCCAGCACCAUCGCAGUCGUGAACACAUCUACCGUCUCAUCAUCCACAGCGGGACCCACAUCUACAGUGGGCUUUUCUCCAGGGACAAACCCCGCAGGCGAGACAACCACGUCAUCCCCAUCCAGUGUGAGCCACACACCCGGGACAACAUCACAGAUGCUCACAGCACCAACCUCAACAGGCAGAACUCCAUCCCCAUCUAGCGUAAGCAACACAUCUCCAAUGACCUCAAAGACGGUCACGUCACAAAGUUCACUGGACACCCUCACAGGAAGAACAGGGGACACAUCAACGCCGGUAGCGGGCAGUAACCCUCCAGUCACUUCUGCAGUCUCCACGACAAGGGGACUGGUGGAACAAUCAACCUCACCCACUUCCACCACUUCUCGUGAGACAACAUCAACGUCUCCUCAGGCCUCUCAGACUCAGAGUCUGGAAACCACCGCAGAGACUGAAGCCAGCACCAUCGCAGUCGUGAACACAUCUACCGUCUCAUCAUCCACAGCGGGACCCACAUCUACAGUGGGCUUUUCUCCAGGGACAAACCCCGCAGGCGAGACAACCACGUCAUCCCCAUCCAGUGUGAGCCACACACCCGGGACAACAUCACAGAUGCUCACAGCACCAACCUCAACAGGCAGAACUCCAUCCCCAUCUAGCGUAAGCAACACAUCUCCAAUGACCUCAAAGACGGUCACGUCACAAAGUUCACUGGACACCCUCACAGGAAGAACAGGGGACACAUCAACGCCGGUAGCGGGCAGUAACCCUCCAGUCACUUCUGCAGUCUCCACGACAAGGGGACUGGUGGAACAAUCAACCUCUCCCCCUUCCACCUCUUCCCGUGAGACAACAUCAACGUCUCCUCAGGCCUCCCAGACUCAGAGUCUGGAAACCACUGCAGACACUCAAGCCAGCACCAUCACAGCAGUGAGCACAUCAACCCCCUCAUCAUCUACAGCAGGACCCACAUCUACACUGGGCUUGUCUCCAGGGACAAACCCCGCAGGCGAGACAACCACGUCAUCCCCAUCCAGUGUGAGCCACACACCCGGGACAACAUCACAGAUGCUCACAGCACCAACCUCAACAGGCAGAACUCCAUCCCCAUCUAGCGUAAGCAACACAUCUCCAAUGACCUCAAAGACGGUCACGUCACAAAGUUCACUGGACACCCCCACAGGAAGAACAGGGGACACUUCAAUGCCGGUAGCGGGCAGUAACCCUCCAGUCACUUCUGCAGUCUCCACGACAAGGGGACUGGUGGAACAAUCAACCUCACCCACUUCCACCACUUCUCGUGAGACAACAUCAACGUCUCCUCAGGCCUCCCAGACUCAGAGUCUGGAAACCACCGCAGAGACUCAAGCCAGGACCAUCACAGCCGUGAACACAUCAACCCCCUCAUCAUCCACAGCGGGACCCACAUCUACACUGGGCAUUUCUCCAGGGACAAACCCCGCAGGCGAGACAACCACGUCAUCCCCAUCCAGUGUGAGCCACACACCCGGGACAACGUCACAGAUGCUCACAGCACCAACCUCAACAGGCAGAACUUCAUCCCCAUCUAGCAUAAGCAACACAUCUCCAAUGACCUCAAAGACAGUCACGUCACAAAGUUCACUGGGCACCCCCACAGGAAGAACAGGGGACACAUCAACGCCGGUAGCGGGCAGUAACCCUCCAGUCACUUCUGCAGUCUCCACGACAAGGGGACUGGUGGAACAAUCAACCUCACCCCCUUCCACCUCUUCCCACUCAAGCCAGGACCAUCACAGCCGUGAACACAUCAACCCCCUCAUCAUCUACAGCAGGACCCACAUCUACACUGGGCAUUUCUCCAGGGACAAACCCCGCAGGCGAGACAACCACGUCAUCCCCAUCCAGUUGGCCCAACUGGUUCAGUUCAGCCUAGAAGAGUGCUUGGGAGAAGACGGAACAACCAUAACCUCACUGAGGACAGGCAGCAAGAGAAGCACGACAUCACUACCCUCAACAACCUCCCAGAGCCUCACAGCCUCCACUUCUAGGACUUCCACGGGCACCCACUCGACAGCUGCCCCGGGCCCUAUCAAGCCUGAGAAAGGAGUUUCCCUCUUCCCCUAUGGGCCGACUGCUGGAGACCUGGAGUUUGUCAGGAGGACGGUGGACUUCACCUCGCCACUCUUCAAGCCCCAGAUUGGCUUCCCCAUCGGCUCCUCUCUCCGGGAUUCCCUCUACUUCACAGAUAAUGGCCAGAUCAUUUUCCCAGAGUACCAGAUUUUCUCUGACCCCAACCCUCCUCUUGGAGGCUUUACAGCCCGGGACCCUGUGGCCAUGGUGGCUCCAUUCUGGGAUGAUGCUGAUUUCUCUAGCCACCGGGGAACCGUAUUUUACCAGGAAUAUGAGACACUGUAUGAUGAAUACAACCCACUAGUGCAGGGUGUGGAGUCUCAGAUUAAAAUGUUGACAGACGCCUGGAUCUACAAAGCCAAGUGGACGCUAAAGGUCACGUGGGUCCGUGCCCCCGCCUAUCCUGCCUGGAGGACCUUCGGGACCAACACCUACCAGGCCAUCCUUUCCACAGAUGGGAGCAGGUCCUACGCCCUGUUUCUCUACCAAAGCGGUGGGAUGCAGUGGGAUGUGACCCAGCGCCCAGGCAACCCUGUCCUCAUGGGCUUCACCAGUGGAGAUGGGUAUUUCGAAAACAGCCCACUGACAUUCCAACCACUAUGGGAGAGGUAUCGUCCAGACCAAUUCCUGGAUUCCAACUCAGGCCUCCGAGGGCUGCAGGUCUACAAGCUACACAGGAAAGAAAAGCCCAACCACCGUCUCAGGUGCCUGCAGUCAUUGAAGAGACAGCCUCAGGGGCCCAGCCUCCCCUGCCCUUGCUCCUGGCAGCAGGGACUGUGGGACUUAAGAUUCCAGCCCAUCAACAUAGGCUGGUGGUAUGCCGGCAGCAGCCAGCUGUGCAGCUUCUCCUCCUGGCGUGGGGGCGUCUGCUGCAGCUACGGGCUCUGGGGAGAGCUUCUCGAAGGCUGGAGAGUACAGAGUCCUUGGCAGUUUGACCAAGAACUGGAGGCUCAGAACUGGUGCUGCCGCUUCAACGACAAGCCCUCCUUUUGCGCCCUGUACCAGCUAAGGCGGCCCCGCAUCGGCUGCUCUGGGUACCAGCCCCCAAGGCCCGCCUGGAUGUUCGGGGACCCCCACAUCACUACCUUGGAUGGUGCCAAUUACACCUUCAAUGGGCUGGGGGAUUUCCUGCUGGUCCAGGCCCAGGACAGAAACUCCUCCUUCAUGCUGCAGGGCCGCACUGCCCAGACUGGCUCAGCACAGGCCACCAACUUCAUUGCCUUUGCCGCUAAAUACAGCUCCAGCACACUGGACCCCAUCACGGUUCAAUGGUUCCUUGAGCCUAAUGACACAAUCCAUGUUCGGCUCAACAACCAGAAUGUAACGACUACUCGAGAAGGAGCAGAAGGCCAGGUGAUAGUCAACACCACUGGAGUCAUAAUGACCCGCAAUGGCUCCAUGGUGUCAGCCAACUUCGAUGGGGCAGUGACCGUCUCAGUGAUUGCUCUCUCCAACAUCCUCCAUGCCUCCUGCAGCCUCCCAGAGGAGUACCAGAACCACACAGAGGGCCUCAUGGGGUUCUGGAACGGCAACCCACAUGAUGACUUCAGGAUGCCCAAUGGCUCCACCAUUGCCUUGGGGAGCACUGAGGAGACACUUUUUCACUAUGGAAUGACCUGGGAAAUCAAUGGAACAAGCCUCCUUGGCAAGAGGAAUGACCAUUUGCCUUCCAACUUCACCCCUGUGUUCCUUUCACAACUGCGGGAAAAUAAAUCCUUGAAUGGAAAUUUGACCUCCCAGUGUAAUGGAGAUGAACAAUGCAUCUAUGACACCCUGGCCACACAAAAUGUGGAACUUGGACAACACACUGGGAUGCUCUUUAGAGUUUACCAGCAGAUGAACUCCACCCUGAAUCAGUACCCGCCCCCUAUCGAGGGUCUUCAGGAGCUGAAAGCCUUCACCGGACAGACCACUCAGGUUCGUUAUGCCAGCAGUGCUGAGAACGUCACAUUCACGCUCAGAAACAACGGCGCUGACUUCAAGCUCUUUGAGAAUGGGACACUGCUAUGGACACCAAAGCUGCUGGAACCAUUUACUCUGGAGAUUCUAGCAAGAAGUGCCAAGGACGGCUUGUCAUCUGUGCUCAAGCCAAGGACUGUGGUCUGUGCUUGCAAGGCAAAGAGCCAGUGCUUAUACAACCAGACCAACUGGGUGGGCAAUUCCUCCCUGGAGGUGGCCAACUGCAUGUGUGACGAAAACACCUUUGGCCAAUUCUGCGAACGCUCCAGUGACCCCUGCGAUGUGCCGUGCUUCCAAGGUGUGAAGUGCAUUCCUGGGAAGGGCUGUGAGGCCUGCCCUCCGCACCUGACUGGAGAUGGACGUCACUGUACAUCUCUGGAGAACUCUUUCCCCUGUCAGAACAAGUCCUGCCCUGCAAAUUACUGCUAUAACUACGGCCACUGCUACAUCUCCCAGACUGCGGACUGCCAGCCUGCCUGCAUCUGCCCCCCAGCCUUCACCGACACUCGCUGCUUCCUGGCUGGAAACAAUUUCACUCCAGCCGCCCGAGAGCUUCCCAUAAGAAUCAUCCAGCUGUUACUCACUGAAGACGAAAAUGCCUCCUCUGCAGAUGUCAAUGCCUCGGUGGCCUACAGGCUGAGGAACCUGGAAGUAAGGACUUUCCUCAGGAACAGAGAAGUGAAUCAGAUAGAUUCUCCAGCCUCAGGAAGCUCAGUUCACCACUGGAAGAUCAUCUCGGAGUUCCAGUACCUCCCUGGGGGCCCUGUCAUUGACUUCUUGAACACUCAGCUGCUGGACGCUGUGGUGGAGGCCUUCUUACCCCAGGCCCAGUGGAGGAGGAGAAAGAGAAGUGAGGGGCCCAGGAGCAAUGUGAUUUUCUACCCUAUCUCCAGAGAAGACGUGCACAGUGUGAUGGCUUUGAAUGUGAGCACACUGGAAACUUACCUCCAAUGCAACAGCUACAAGGGCUACCGCCUGGUCUUCAGCCCCCAGAGCGGCUUCACCUGCGUGUCCCCAUGCAGCGAGGGCUACUGUGAGCACGGAGGCCAGUGCCAGCACCUGCCUGAUGGACCCCGCUGCAGCUGUGUGCCCUCCUCCAUCUACACGGCCUGGGGCAUGCGCUGUGAGCACCUGAGCGUGAAAUAUGACGCCUUCCUCGGGAUCCUCUUCGGGUCCCUGGGCGCCCUCUUGCUGCUGGGGCUCGCGGUGUUUGUGGUCCUGCGCUUCUGCGGCUGCAGCGGGACCCGUUACUCCUCCUACCCGCUGAACUGCGAAAACUGAGGCCUCGCCCGAAAGGAGCAGCUCUGGCCUAGGAUGCCUCACGACCCACCCCAGCCUCACCUGCACACACUUCCAAGCGCCGUGGUUUGGGAGAGACUGGAAAAAGGAAGAUGAUUGAAGGCUUUCCCAAGAAAAAUGAGUAAUGAGAAUGAAUGAUAAAGACGAGAUCACAUCUUGUGAGCACAGUGGACACAGAGGCUGGUCCGUAAAGACCUACUACAUAAAUGGACAGAGUCUCACACGGACAUACCCACAAAGAGGACACCGACCUACAGAAAGACGUACAUGCACACACCAGAGUUAAUGGGGUGAUGGCUCUAAAUUAAAAACCAAAAUAAAUUUGCACACAAAACUCUAGUUUACUUCUGAUUAAAGUCUAUUUAAAUAAAA